AAGCACGGAAUGAAUAAAAAAAUAGGUGAUGACCCUUUGGAUCGUCACAGUUGAUUAAGAGGAUUAGACUUAUCCAAAUUAUUUGGUAUUAGUGUAGCAAAUUGAUUAGUGGUUAGCAGAGGAGUUAUAGGUGUUUUAGAAAGAUUAUUAGGAGUAGGUAUAGGAUUAUCAUUAUUAAUGGUUAAUUUUUUAAAGGGAAGAUUAUUAGGGGUUGCGGAUACAUACUUACCUGAAGACUUUGUAGUAGUAGUACCCAAAGGUUGCACUGGUUGUAGUUGAUUUACUUUGUAAGAAUUGAUUUGCAUGGAAUUUUUUCUUUUGGGGAAUUGCACUGUCUUCCAUUUUUCCGUAGAUGUAAAGUGGUUAUGUGUUAAGUUAGGGUUAGGAAUGGUUGAAAGUUUAGUGUGAGACACAUCAAUAGGAUUUUCAUCUUGUAAUUGAUAGGUACAAGCUCUUUGAUUAUGCCCCAUCCGACCACAUUUAGUACAUAGCAAAUUUAAUCCUUCAUAUAGGAUAUGUUGCUUAUGAUUUUCAAGGUAAAUAUGUGUACGUAAAGGUUGAUCCACUGGUAUUUCAACACAUAACCUGACAUAUCUUCCUCUUGUUGUUGAAGAGGUGCAAGUAUCAACAAUUAAUUAUUUCUCAAUUUUGUUACUACUUUCUGGAGAAUCUGAAAAUCAUAAAAUUCAGUAGGUAAUUCAGGUAAUCGCAACCAUAUAGCAGAGUAAGUUAUUUUUGUUUCAGAAGCCAUAACUUUUGGUUCCCAUUGACGAACUUAUAGAAAGUGAUCUAAGAUGAACCAAUGUCCAUCAUGUAAUGCAUGAUUCUUGUUUUCUUCUUUUUGAAAUUUAAGAAGAAAAAAAUCCGAUCCUAAAUCAAUGAGAGGUAGAUUUUCAGUAGGUUGCCAUAAAGUAUAAAUUUUUUGCCUAAGUAUUUGAUGUCCAAUCUUUCGUCCAUAAACAUUCACAAUUACUGCAUGUUGCCAUGGUUUGUAUAUCCUAUUUUUUUCCUCAAGAGAAAUGGGAAUGAAAUUAGAGGGAUCAUUAGGUGCAUCCAGUUCAUCAGUAAGCACCAACCCAACAUAUCCUUUAUGAAGGAUUAAAUUUUCUAUGUACUAAAUGUGGUCGGAUGGGGCAUAAUCAAAGAGCUUGUACCUAUCAAUUACAAGAUGAAAAUCCUACUGAUGUGUCUCACACUAAACUUUCAACCAUUCCUAACCCUAACUUAACACAUAACCACUUUAUAUCUACGGAAGAAUGGAAGACAGUGCAAUUCCCUAAAAGAAAAAAUUCUAUGCAAAUCAAUUCUUACAAAGUAAAUCAACUACAACCAGUGCAACCUUUGGGUACUACUACUACAAAGUCUUCAGGUAAGUAUGUAUCCACAGCCCCUAAUAAUCUUCCUUUUACAAAAUUAACCAUUAAUAAUAAUAAUCCUAUACCUACUCCUAAUAAUCUUUCUAAAACACCUAUAACUCCUCUGUUAACCACUAAUCAAUUUGCUACACUAAUGCCAAAUGAUUUGGAUAAGUCUAAUCCUCUUAAUCAAUUUGAUGACAAUAACCUAUUAACUCCCUUAAUUUCCACUUAAGUGGCUUCCCAUUCGGCCCAAUUACAAAAUGAAUACCAUUCAACGUCAAUUCUAAGCCAUGCAGAUAGCCACGAUAGGUACUCUCACAUGCAAAAAAUCUUACUUGGUCCAAACACUCAUUACUCACCACCCCAAGAAAACCUAAUACAAAAUCUACCCACUCACCCCACACGGAAUACCAACAACAAUGAAUAACCCUAUAGCUACCAUGCAACUAGGUUAUGAUGGUCUCCUCACCCCUUUAAACCACUCAAACACACAACAAACAAAUCAGUCAUUCAAACCGCCCAAAACUACCAUAGAAUUAGUUUCUCCUAUAGUCCAUUCAAAUCCGACACAACUUAAUCCACUCAAACCAAAUACUACACUCAAAUCACACUCCCAAUCCAUCAAUCUAGAAGAUGUUUUCACCCAAUCUAAAUUACCUACGUAGACCACAAACUACACCCAGCCAACCCACUCAUCGUCUCCAACACAACCACACUCCAUUCUCCCUUCCUCCUCCACAUCUAAUCAUGGAGCCCAAUACCAUUAUCUACACAGCUCAAACCCCUCAUGCACCAACACAUCUCACUUCUUAGCUAGAGACGGGAUUGCAGAAUCAUGCAUUAAAUUUCACGAUGGAAGUCAACCAUCAAGAGGUGACAAUUCUCAUCAACCAUCCAAGGGACCUAGCACAAAUAGUAGCGGAGGGCAUGUAGUUAGGGACGGAGAUAUAUGGGAGAUACCACUGGUCCAUGAUACAAGCACCCUAUCUUGCACCAUAUCACCCAAUUACUCUCCCAAAACACCAUAUUGGGAUCCACUCCAUCUUCACCCACAUCUUCAUCAAAUGCCCUUUUACCCAUCACCCACUCCUGCUACACCAUGGAUCCAUCACCAAACAUACUACCAAUGGAACCAAUAACACCUCCAACGCCAACUCCAUCACCAACUCACUCACCACCCCAUCCUCCCAGUCCAGUAGAACAAGACACCAACUUUCAAGCAGAACUAGAAGCAGCAGUCGUUUACAACAGAGAAACACGUCCACUUCAUGCAUACCUCGAUGGAAUCAAGGUCUUUGUCCAGAAGGAGUACGAAAGAAAAAUAUUCUUAAGGUGCCCUCCGAAUCUGCUAACCACAUCAUUCCGACUAAGGCCAACUAUAAAUUCAGACGUGGGGAAGUAUGCCAUGCUUCUACUUCCCACGUUUCUUUUUCGAGCAGGGCAGUCAAGCAGUCAGAGGAACCCCAGGAGCAGUCAACGGUUUGAACCAAUCCUUAACCAUAUGAAUUUUAUAAUUUGGAAUUGUAGGGGUGCUCAGUCAGAUGAUUUUAGAAGAAAUUUUCGGUCACUACUUGACUACAAUAGACCAUCUUUGGUUGUAUUGUUGGAAACUCACUGUCAAAACCACCAAACAGUCAAGGAGGAUUUUAAUUUUACUAGUUUAAUUGAGGUUGCUGCUAAUGUCCAGUCGGGAGGAAUUGCUAUUUUAUGGCUUUCAGAUGUGCUGCAUGUGGAACCAGUGGCCACCACCUCUCAGGAGAUCCAUUGCCAUAUUCAGGUUAUUACUACUACAGCUGGAUAGUCCCACUCUUCAAAACAUCUAUAGGGAGCAAAAUUGUGUGGCAAAUAGUCUAGCCAACUAUGGAGCUUUGCAUGCAAAGGAAACCUGUCUACUUUUUGAAAGUCCACCACCGUUUGUUUCAACUUUACAUCAACAAGAUCAACAAGGGAUGCUCAGAAGAAGGUUGAUUAAAAGUCAGUCUGUUUUGUGUAAUAGUACAUUUUCAACUUGUACUGUACCUUGUACUUAUAGUAGUGUUUUAGCUAGUUCAACUUUACUUAAUAGUACUGGUUCCUAUACGGGGACCUUAGAAAUAAAUACUACUAAUGUAAAUCUAGUGCCACUAAUGCAUCUUGUUAACCGCUCUCUUGUAAGAGCUUAGCUAUAUAUAAUAUAACUAUCCUU